GAAAUAAGAUGGAGAUGAGGAGGAGAGAGAAAAAUACAUGGGGUUAACCAUCUUAUAAGUUGGGGUUUGGAGGAGAGGGUGCGGUAGUGGUCGGAUCUCGUGCUGGAAAAUAGUGGUGGCUUGGAGGCUGAUUUCUCUGAUCCCGGCAAGUGUGACGGUUAGUCUAGCGCUGAACCGAAAUACACCACUGCAAAGUGCAAACCACCACUUUACUCUCAUCUCUUCCUAUCAUUACUCAAGGAUAAUGAGAAUGAGACAAAAUGUUAGUGCCGUUUCUGAUACAAAGGAAGUAGAUGUUCCAGCUUCUUUUGAGAUUGACACAAAAAACAAUCCAGAUUCUGAGGCAUCAUGGAGGAGGGUUUUUUACCUUUGUCUCGCUGUGCGUAUGGUGAAUUCAUUAUUGGUGCAGACUUACUUUAACCCUGAUGAGCACUGGCAGUCUCUCGAAGUUGCACAUCGGCUUGUGUUUGGAUAUGGGCAUCUUACAUGGGAAUGGCAAAGGGGAAUACGCGGUUAUUUGCAUCCUCUCUUAUUUGCUGUUCUUUAUAAAGUUCUAGCUUUUCUUCACCUUGAUACUCCUUGGAUUAUGAUGAAAGCUCCACGCCUGCUGCAAUCCAUUUUUGCUGCCAUAUGUGAUUUGUACUUGUACAAAUUUUCUGACAUCAUUUUCGGGAAUCGGGUUGCAAAGUGGACACUAUUCUCUCACCUUACAAACUGGUUUGUGUUUUUCUGUUGCACAAGAACUUUAUCUAACAGCUUAGAGACUGUUCUCACCGUAGUCAGUCUUUAUUAUUGGCCUUGCAUGAGGGUUAGCUCUAGUAAAAUUGCUUCAAGUUCAAGAAGGUGGGCUUUGGCUAUUGCUGCAUUAGCCUGUGCCAUUCGUCCAACCAGUGCUAUAGUAUGGCUGUAUGUCGUUUUUCUAGAGCUGCUUGUGGCUUCUGAUAGAUUGAAAUUCAUCUUUCUUGAGGCUGCUCCUAUUGGGGCAGUGGUGCUGGCAAUCACAUCUCUGUUGGAUCGUAUGAUAUACGGGUCUUGGAUCAUAGUACCUUUAAAUUUUCUGAAAUUCAACUUUCUUUCUUCUGGCGGAGACUAUUAUGGAACUCAUCCGUGGCACUGGUACUUCACUCAAGGUUUUCCUGUGAUGAUCUUCACCUUCUUGCCAUUUUCUUUGGCAGGCAUCAUAGAGUCUAAACAUUGGAAGCUCUCUGGUGUGAUUGGCUGGGUUAUAGGCAUUUACAGUGUGUUGGGUCAUAAAGAAUUCAGGUUUAUCUUGCCUAUUCUUCCAAUAGCAUUGAUAUUUUCUGGGUAUUCAUUAGCCGCUCUUGAAACACCAGACAUACCAGUGGGUAAAAACAAAAGGGCUCCGACCACGCAUAAUAAGUGGCCUUCAAAGUUGCGAUUAGCUGUUUUCUUUUUGCUUGUCACCAACAUCCCAAUGGGCCUUUAUAUGAGUUUGGUUCAUCAGAGAGGGCCGGAAGACGUAAUGCAGUAUAUCGCGACAAAAGCACUCAAUGGUGAAGCCAGAAGUGUACUCUUCCUGACACCUUGCCAUGCCACACCCUAUUACUCUGCUGUUCACCAAAAUCUGCCCAUGCGCUUCUUGGACUGUACACCAAGUGAACAAAGAGGAACCCUUGACGAAUCAGACCGCUUUAUGAUGGAUCCACUUGGCUUUGCAUCAGAACUUGCAAAAAAUUGGUCUUUACCUAGCCACAUUGUUUUAUUCGAAUCUGAAGAAAGAAAAUUAAAAGAUUUUCUAAUUUCUCAAUCUUUUAGAGAGGUAAAGAGAUUCUUCCAUGCUCACUUUAAGGUAGAUCGUGAUCUUCAAUCGUCAAUUGUUGUGUAUAUGUACACAGGCUGGUAACACAACUGCCACAUUGUCCAAAAUCUUAGUUAUACUUGUAUGGCAGUCCCUGCUUCUGAUCGCUUUUUAGGUUUUAGAGCUCUUGGGCCUGAUUGAGUGUCGAUGCUAUCUUGAGUCAGUUUAAUAUCAUUGCUCAAGGGUAAUUUGCUUUAGUGAACAAACAGAAGAUUCUUUGUUAUUCGGAAAAUCUUUAAUAUUGUAACACCACUGUCUGAGGAAGCAAGGUACUAUUACAAUUCAACUGGAGAGGAAAAACUAACAUCAACAGCAAUAGUCUCAAGGAAAAGUCAAGGCCAGGAGUUUGACGAUGGGCAAUCAGAUCAGGACAGCCGAAGAAAAACUCAUAUGGUUCAAGAAAAUGGCUUUAGGCGAGUUUAAUCCUUGCAGUUAAGCAAAAGUACUGUUAAAGAUUCGAAUAUAAUUGAUGUUGUUCGUUUAGUGCCCAUUAAAAUUGCUUGUACGAUAAAUAUUGUACACCGAAGUUAAAGUUAACGUAAAUGCUUAAAAGUUACCUUUAUAUAGGUAAAAGUUAUCUAUUUUUUACUGAUAAAA